GGGUGAGCCCUUUGGCCUUUCCCCGCCCCCUCGGGGCUUGCACCCCUGGCUACUCUUGUCUGCCUGGUUCUGGGGACUUCAUCUCCCGGGCCCUGCCUCGCCGAGGCGGCUAAGGACUGGGGGUCGGGUGGGGUGUGGGGGGUGUCUUUCUGGGAAAGGAUGACGGGCCCUGCCUAAGCAUCCCCCCCUCCUCCCCCUCCCAGGCUGUACUGGAGAGAUGUUUGACCUUGGUUUUCCUUCAGAAAAGCCAUCAUCCCCUCCUGUCUCUGUCCGAGGAGGAGGCAGGGUGGUACCAGGGAAAUGGAGCCCAUAGGACCCGCCCUCGGAUCCCACUUGGGUUACUAGACAGCCCUCCCCCACCCCCCCUCGCCCACCAUCUGCCCCAUGAAGGGGCGGAGUUUGACGGCCCUUUAGCAGUGAUCAAUCACAUCUUUUGAAGGGCAGUGGAAAAUCCUGGGGAAAAUCUGGGGGUCGAUGGCCCCAGAAAAUUCCCAAAGUUUCCUUAGUAGCCAAGAGCAUCAGCAUCCUCUGUCCAGCAAAUCUUUCACCAGAGCGCCAAUGGGGAGCCAAGUAGAACCCGUGAAAGACUUCCUUCUCAGCCUCUCAACUCACCCUAUCUGAAGCCUUGGAUGAACCUGUGGGACUCUUCUUAUCCCUUUGGUUUGGCUUUAAGAGACUGGAAGGAUGGACAAAGAUCCUCAGGGACUGUUAGAUUCAUCUCUGAUGGCAUCUGGCACCGCCAGCCGCUCAGAAGAUGAGGAGUCAUUGGCCGGGCAGAAGCGAAGCUCUUCCCAGGCCUUGGGCACUAUUCCCAAGCGGAGAAGUUCUUCCAGGUUCAUCAAGAGGAAGAAAUUUGAUGAUGAGUUGGUGGAAAGUAGCCUGGCAAAAUCAUCCACACGGGCCAAGGGUGCCACAGGAGUGGAACCAGGGCGUUGCUCAGGGAGUGAACCUUCUUCCAGUGAAAAAAAGAAGGUGUCCAAGGCAUUGAGCACACCAGUACCCCCCAGCCCAGCCCCUGCCCCUGGCCUCACUAAGCGCAUGAAGAAGAGCAAGCAGCCACUGCAGGUGACCAAGGACCUGGGCCGCUGGAAGCCGGCAGACGAUCUCUUGCUCAUCAAUGCUGUGCUACAGACCAAUGACCUAACGUCAGUCCACCUGGGUGUGAAAUUUAGCUGCCGCUUCACCCUUCGAGAAAUCCAGGAGCGCUGGUAUGCCCUGCUGUAUGAUCCUGUCAUCUCCAAGUUGGCCUGUCAGGCAAUGAGGCAGCUACACCCGGAGGCCAUCGCAGCCAUACAGAGUAAAGCUUUGUUCAGCAAAGCUGAGGAGCAGCUUCUGAGCAAGGUGGGAUCGGCCAGCCAGCCCUCCCUGGAGACCUUCCAAGACCUGCUGCACAGACACCCUGAUGCCUUCUACUUGUCCCGCACAGCCAAGGCCCUGCAGAGCCACUGGCAGCUCAUGAAGCAGUACUAUCUCCUGGAGGACCAGACAGUGCAGCCGCUGCCGAAGGGGGACCAAGUGCUGAAUUUUUCUGAUGCCGAGGAUCUGAUUGACGACAGCAAGCUCAAGGACAUGCGGGAUGAGGUGCUGGAGCACGAGCUGACGGUUGCUGACAGACGCCAGAAACGUGAGAUCCGGCAGCUGGAGCAGGAGCUGCACAAGUGGCAGGUGCUGGUGGACAGCAUCACAGGGAUGAGCUCUCCAGACUUCGACAACCAGACCCUGGCAGUGCUCCGUGGGCGCAUGGUGCGCUACCUCAUGCGUUCCCGGGAGAUCACCCUGGGCCGAGCUACCAAGGACAACCAGAUUGACGUGGACCUUUCCUUGGAGGGCCCGGCCUGGAAGAUCUCCAGAAAGCAAGGCGUCAUCAAGCUGAAGAACAAUGGUGAUUUUUUCAUCGCCAACGAGGGCAGACGGCCCAUCUACAUCGAUGGCCGGCCCGUCCUCUGUGGCUCCAAGUGGCGGCUCAGCAACAACUCGGUGGUGGAGAUCGCCAGCCUGCGCUUCGUCUUCCUCAUCAACCAGGACCUCAUCACCCUCAUCCGGGCCGAGGCUGCCAAGAUCACUCCCCAGUGAAGGAGGCGGGAGCCUGGGCCUCUCUUCUGCCUUGGGCUCUCCCCUGAAGGCCUGGAGGGAGGUGGGGGGUGGGGGAGGCCUUUGGGGAGAGACCCUGACGCCCACAGCAGGAGCUACUAAAGGGAGCCGAGAGCUUCCUGCCCCCUCAGCGAUAAGGGUUCUACUUGACACUUUUCCCCUUUUGUAAAUAAAGUUCUGAACUCCAAA